UGUUCUUAUUGGAUUGCUACUGUUAAGGUUUCACUUGUGAGCAAAGACUCUUCUAUGUUGGAUGGGCUAGAAAAUGCCAGCAUUGAAAUGGAAGGAGCUAAGGCUAGGUUGAAUGAGAUUAUAACUGCUGGAGCAAAAUCAUCCCAUGGCAGUGGAACUGCAGAGUUUCCCUGGAUGGUUGAUGGUGCUGGACUGCCUUCCAAUGCAAGUCAACUUCUACAAAAUUUGGUCCAAUUGACUAAAAAAGUUACUGCACAAGUAAAACUACUCGCAAUAGAUGAGGACGAGGAGCUUGCAGAGACAAGCUCAUUUGCGGAUGCAGUGCUUCCAUAUGACCAAGCAAAGGCCCUAGGGAAGGUUAACAUUGAUGUUGGUCGAAUUGCUGCAGGCUUGCCUUGUGGUAGUGAGGGUUUUCUUUUGAUGUUUGCUCGCUGGAAAAAGCUUGAGAGAGAGUUGUAUAAUGAACGCAAGGAACGGUUCGACAUUAAACAAAUCCCAGACGUUUAUGACUCCAGCAAAUAUGACCUCUUGCAUAAUGCACAUCUCAAUCUAGAAGGGUUGGAUGAGCUCUUCAAAGUUGCUCAGUUACUUGCUGAUGGUGUCAUCCCAAAUGAGUACGGGAUAAAUCCAAAGCAGAAACUCAAAAUCGGCUCAAAGAUUGCCCGCCGUUUGUUGGGUAAGAUUCUAAUUGAUUUAAGGAACACACGAGAAGAAGCAAUUAGUGUUGCUGAACUCAAAAGCAAUCAAGACCAGAAUCCAGCAUUUCCAAAGACCAAAAAGGAAGAUUUUGACUCUUUGGCGAAGUACCAGAAGCAUGAAGACACAAAAAGAUCCACUAGUGAAAAGUCCCUGGACCAAGACGAUGAAGAGACAAAAUAUCGUUUGGACCCGAAGUAUGCAAAUGUCAGGACACCUGAUCGACAUGUUCGAACGCGCCUUUAUUUUACAUCUGAGUCACAUAUACAUUCGCUGAUGAAUGUACUUCGCUACUGUAACUUGGAUGAAUCUUUACAAGGAGAAGAAAGCCUUGUAUCCGGCAGUGCUUUGGAACGGGUGUUUAAAACAAGGGAGCUCGACUACAUGAGUUAUGUUGUUUUGAGGAUGUUCGAGAAUAUAGAGAUACCUCUAGAAGAUCCAAAGAGAUACCGCAUAGAAAUGACAUUCAGCCGGGGUGCAGAUUUGAGCCCACUUGAGAAUAAUGAUGGCGAGGCUGCGUCACUACACCAAGAGCACACAUUACCAAUCAUGGGACCAGAAAGGUUGCAAGAAGUGGGAUCAUAUCUUACAUUAGAGACUAUGGAAACGAUGAUUAGGCCAUUUGCCAUGCCUGCUGAAGAUUUUCCACCCCCAUCAACUCCACAAGGCUUUUCUGGUUACUUCUCUAAGAGUGCAGUAUUGGAACGUCUUGUGAAUCUCUGGCCUUUCCAUAAGCAUGCUAAUGCUAAUGGAAAGUAACUCUUGUCCUACUUCGUCUCUCUUUUUCUUCUACUGCCUUCAACUGUCUAUACAUUAUCCUGCUAGCUUUUAGUGUAAUAGAAACUCUGGUCAUCUUUUUGUCGGUCAAUUACAUAUUUACAUGUACAUAACUAUCUCCUUGGUUCCUGUUAUUUUUUUUCCUUCAUAUAUUUGAUGGGGAAGUUUUUGUGCACUA